UGCAACUUCUCUUCAGGACAGCGAGGUAACUUGAAUUUAGUAACCAUAGUCGAGUCAAUUCGCAACGAUUCUCUAGACGAAUAGCAUAACUUCUUAAAAACGCGGAUAUGGUAGUAUUUGUAAAGAAUUAUAACUGGAUCAAGCAAAUUAUAAACGGAGUAUUUCAGCAACAGGUGCUCAAACAUUGAUUGUGCAUCCUUCCCGCUAAGGAUUGUAUGGUGGUAAAUGUCGAACAGCACUUCAGUUCUCCCCGAAAAUCACUUCCUAAGUAGGCUACAACUAUUUUGAUGGUCUCUUCGUCUUUGUUUUUAAUAUCAAAACCAUGAGGAUCCUCUUCAGAAACCUACGCCUCAGUAGAUGGUCCAUUAUCAUUGGGACUGCGUUGGUGUCAUUGAUUGGUGUCAUCUUCAUGACGAUGGACGUCAAUGUCUCACUAACAUAUAGGGGAGAGCUCAGAGUGUGGCGGAAGAACCACACAGGUUGGCAAUGGAACACCUCUGCCUCCACCACACCACUGCUGUCACAGCCUACUGUGGAUGUUUUCAAGUGCUCCCUCAAUGACAGCAUGCAGAAUAUUCCGUCCUCUGUCCCACCUCCCCACCGUAACUUCCUCAUGUAUAAACACUGCAGGACAUUCCCCCGCCUGCUGUCUCCAACACCCUGUGAGAAUGACCUUUUUCUCCUGCUGGCCAUUAAGUCCACAGCCAUCCAGGUGGAUCGCAGGAUUGCGCUCCGGAGCACUUGGGGGAAGAGGGGAUAUGUUCAGGGUAAAAGGGUGAAACUGUUGUUCUUAGUAGGUAAGUCGUUAGACAGAAUACAGGGAUUCCUGCUGCAGCAGCUACUGGAGUGGGAGAGCAGGCAGUUUGGGGACAUCCUGCAAUGGGAUUUUGAGGACAGUUUUUUCAACCUGACCCUGAAGGAGGUCCACUUCCUGAACUGGUUCACCUUGGAGUGCCAGUGGGCCCACUUUGUGUUCAAAGGGGACGAUGACGUUUUUGUUCACACAAGCAAUCUGGUUGAAUAUGUUAAAGGCCACAAGCCCUCUGAGCAACUCUUCGCUGGUGACAUAAUUUCAAGAGCCUAUCCAAUCCGGCACAACCAAUGGAAGUACUUCAUACCAGAGGAGAUGUACCCCAACAAGCCAUAUCCUCCAUACGCUGGCGGUGGGGGCUACCUGAUGUCACGUCAGACUGUGCUGAGCCUGGGAGUGGCAGUGUCCAGCACUGACCUCUUCCCCAUUGAUGAUGUCUUUGUGGGCAUGUGCCUGCAGAAGAUUAAUGUGACGCUGACACACCACUCUGGCUUCAGAACCUUUGGGUUCCAUCAGGUGGUGUCACAUUUCAACCCCUGCAUUUACAGGGAGAUCAUGCUGGUGCACAAACUGAAUCCCACCGAGAUGUGGACCAUGUGGUCUCUACUGCAGGACACAAAGCUGAAGUGCUUUAGAUUAAGGAUAUGAGGCAUCAGGUGUUGUGUGUAUCUUGCUGUACUUGUCUGUCUCACUACUGUAAAAGAAGCAUUCCUUUCAUAGAGAAAUUAUCCUUAUAAAUGGUCAAAAAUAGCUUCCUUUCCUUCAUCGAUAUUUCUAUUUGAAGUAUUCUGACAUAUUGGCUUUACUGUGUAUUCUGUUCAGCAAAGAUGGUGUACGAGCCCUACAGAGAUUUGAUACUUUUGACAAGGAAGUUUGUAGAAUGUUUCUUGGGUUCUAGGAAGGUCGAACAGAAACCUUAAAAACAGGUCUAGUGGGUUACAGAGGUACUGAUUGGUUACAAACUUAACAGGUCUAGUGUGCUGUGGGGGAAGGGGAGCUGUGGUGUACAAUUAUUAUAAACAAUCAAUUGUUUGAGGGAGCAGUGAUGAACUUGUCUACUAUAGCUGAAAUCUGUGGAUUGUAAAUGUAUAUUUAAAUGUGAUGUCAUAAUGCUUUCUGAAACAUGUGGUCAUUUCCAGGGUUUUGUCAGUUUCUAUUCAGAUGAACUUUAUUGCAUAGCAGGGCCCGUACUUUCUUAUGAGGAAGUAGAUUGUGUAAAGAAAAUAUAAGAGUACAAAAUUAAAAGAAAUACUGUAAUAUGAAA